UUUUCCCACACCCUGCCAUUUCUAGCGUCUUAUUGCUUUCUAGCGAAAAAAUUAAUUUCGCGCUCUUAUUCUUAUUUUGUGUGAAUUUUUUGGCAACCAAAGGUGCGAAUGGCCGACGAAGACGAUGAGGGUGCCCAUAGGAUGGCGCCGGCGCCGAUUCGCAAGCCAGACGAUGAAACGGCCUUCCUGGAGUACAUUGAAAUGGAGAACUUCAAGUCCUACCGCGGCCACAUAGUGGUGGGUCCUCUGAAACAAUUCAACGCCGUGAUCGGGCCCAACGGAUCCGGCAAGUCCAACUUCAUGGAUGCCAUCAGUUUCGUGAUGGGCGAAAAGACCAGCAGCUUGCGAGUGAAACGUCUGAACGAUUUGAUCCAUGGCUCCUCAAUCGGCAAGCCAGUUUCUCGCAGCUGCUAUGUGACGGCGAAGUUUGUGCUCAACCAGGAAAAGCAUAUGGAUUUUCAACGAGCCGUGAUCAGCGGCUCUUCAGAGUUCCGCAUUAACGGAGAGAGCGUUUCGAGCAACACCUACCUCAACAAGCUAGAGAAAAUAGGAAUCAAUGUUAAGGCCAAAAACUUUUUGGUUUUCCAGGGAGCCGUGGAGAACAUAGCCAUGAAGACGCCCAAAGAACGUACGGCAUUGUUUGAGGAAAUUAGCGGCUCUGGCCUGCUCAAGGAUGACUACAAUCGUCUAAAACAGGAAAUGAUUGUGGCCGAGGAAGAGACUCAAUUCACUUACCAAAAGAAGAAAGGUAUUGCCGCAGAACGAAAGGAGGCGAAGCACGAAAAGAUGGAAGCCGAUCGCUACACCCGCCUGCAAAACGAAUACAAUGAGAAACAAGUGGAGUAUCAACUGUUUAGACUAUUCCAUGUAGAGCGCGACAUACGGAAGUUCACUGGAGAUUUGGAGGUGAGGCAGCAGGAAGUGAAGACAGUGGAGCAACGGAAGGAAGCCGCCGAUGAAAUUCUGCGUGAAAAGAAGAAGGAUGCGGGAAAGAUAACUCGAGACCUGGCCAAAAUUGAUCAGGAGAUUCGGGAAUUUGAGACCCAGAUGAAUAAACGGCGGCCGCUGUACAUAAAAGCCAAGGAAAAGGUUACCCACUGCAAGAAGAAGCUCGUUUCGCUCCAGAAAACCCUUGAGACGGCCCGCGAGGCGGACAAUGCCCACCAGUCGGAUAUUCGAAAACUGGAGAAGCAGCUAGCUGAUGUCGAGGCCCUGAAAAAGCGGUUCGAAGACGAAAUCGAGAACGAAUCGCAGCGCCGGGGCAAGAGUGUUAACAUGGAGGAGGGUCUUGUGCAGGAAUACGAUCGUCUUAAACAAGAGGCGGAGGCCACAGCCACCCAAUACCGUUCCGAGCUGGACUCAGUAAAUCGGGAGCAGAAAUCGGAACAGGAUACUCUCGAUGGUGAGACCAACCGCCGCGCCUCGGUAGAGGAAUCAUUUAAGAAGCUCACCUUACAGCGCGAGGAAGCUGUAAAACGUCGAGAUAAACUUAUGGAUCACAUUAAAUCCUCGCAGGCGGCUCUAGAGGAGCAGAAUCGUAUUAAGGAUGAACUCCGACGAGAUGUAGGCACCUCCAAAGAGAAAAUUGCCGAGAAGCAACGCGAGCUGGAGGACGUACGCGACCAACUAGGCGAUGCCAAAAGCGAUAAGCACGAGGAUGCUCGGCGGAAAAAGAAACAAGAGGUAGUGGAGUUGUUUAAGAAGCAAGUUCCGGGAGUCUACGACCGUAUGAUAAAUAUGUGUCAGCCUACUCACAAGCGGUACAACGUGGCCGUCACCAAAGUCCUGGGAAAGUUUAUGGAAGCUAUUAUUGUGGACACCGAGAAAACGGCGCGACACUGCAUUCAGAUAUUGAAAGAGCAAAUGCUGGAAGUCGAAACUUUUUUGCCCUUGGACUACUUGCAAGUCAAACCAUUAAAAGAAAGACUUCGUAACAUAAGCGAUCCGCGUAAUGUCCGAUUGGUCUUUGAUGUGCUCAAAUUCGAGCCGCAGGAGAUCGAACGUGCCGUCCUUUUUGCGACUGGAAACGCUCUCGUCUGCGAGACUCCUGAGGACGCCAUGAAAGUAGCCUACGAAAUUGACCGAUCCCGUUUCGAUGCUCUGGCUUUGGACGGAACGUUCUACCAGAAAUCUGGUCUCAUAUCUGGUGGCAGUCACGAUUUGGCGCGGAAGGCCAAGCGGUGGGACGAGAAGCAUAUGGCCCAGCUGAAAAUGCAAAAGGAGCGCCUUCAAGAAGAGCUCAAGGAGCUAGUAAAAAAGUCACGCAAACAGAGUGAGCUCGCUACUGUGGAGUCGCAGAUCAAGGGACUGGAGAAUCGGCUUAAGUAUAGUAUGGUAGAUUUGGAGUCCUCAAAGAAGUCAAUUGCUCAGUAUGAUAGCCAGUUACAGCAGGUGCAAACCCAGCUGGAUGAUUUCGGGCCCAAGAUUCUCGAGAUCGAACGUCGUAUGCAAAACCGAGAGGAGCACAUUCAAGAAAUUAAAGAAAACAUGAACAAUGUGGAGGACAAGGUAUACGCCUCGUUCUGUCGCCGUUUGGGUGUAAAGAACAUUCGGCAAUACGAGGAGCGGGAACUUGUGAUGCAGCAGGAGCGGGCACGAAAGCGGGCCGAGUUUGAGCAGCAAAUAGAUUCCAUAAACUCGCAGCUGGACUUCGAGAAGCAGAAAGACACGAAAAAGAAUGUGGAGCGGUGGGAGCGUAGCGUUCAGGAUGAGGAAGAUGCUCUGGAGGGACUGAAAACUGCUGAGGCCCGCUAUUUGAAGGAAAUAGAUGAAGACAAGGAGAAAAUGGAGAAGUUCAAGCAAGAGAAGCAGGCCAAGAAGCAAGCCGUGGAUGAUAUGGAAGAGGACAUCUCUAAAGCCAGGAAAGAUGUGGCAAAUCUAGCUAAAGAAAUCCAUAACGUAGGCAGCCAUUUAUCUUCAGUAGAGUCAAAGAUCGAGGCCAAGAAAAACGAACGCCAAAACAUACUGUUGCAAGCGAAAACCGAUUGCAUAGUGGUGCCUUUGUUGCGCGGCUCGCUGGACGACGCAGUGCGACAAAGCGAUGCUGACGUUGCCUCGACCUCUGCGGCAGCAGCAGCAGCAAUGGAUAAUCUUAUUGAAGUGGAUUAUGGAUCCUUACCACGAGAAUAUACCAAAUUAAAGGAUGACUCCGCCUUCAAAAAGGCCCAUGAAUCGCUCCAAAAGGAUCUGCAAAGUAAAUUAGACGUUUUGGAGCGAAUACAGACGCCAAAUAUGAAGGCCAUGCAGAAACUCGAUGCUGUUACGGAAAAGGUGCAAUCUACCAAUGAGGAGUUCGAGAAUGCAAGAAAAAAGGCUAAGAAAGCCAAGGCGGCAUUCGAACGGGUAAAGAACGAGCGAUCCUCUCGCUUUGUUGCUUGCUGCCAGCACAUCUCGGAUGCCAUCGAUGGUAUAUACAAGAAAUUGGCUCGUAACGAGGCAGCCCAGGCCUACAUUGGGCCCGAUAAUCCGGAGGAACCGUAUCUUGAUGGUAUCAACUACAAUUGUGUAGCGCCCGGCAAACGUUUCCAACCCAUGAACAAUUUGAGUGGUGGUGAAAAAACAAUUGCAGCCUUGGCACUGCUCUUCUCCACGCACAGUUUUCAACCAGCGCCGUUCUUUGUCCUUGACGAGAUCGACGCCGCUUUGGACAACACCAAUAUUGGCAAAGUCGCUUCAUACAUUAGAGAUCACACGACCAACCUGCAAACUAUAGUGAUCUCCUUGAAGGAAGAGUUCUACGGUCACGCUGAUGCGCUAGUAGGCAUUACGCCUGGGGAAGGUGACUGCCUCGUAUCAAAUGUUUAUAUAAUGGACUUGACAGAGUUCGAGGACAUAUAAAAUAAUAAUUCAUAUUUACUUUAAGCAUUAGAUAUUAAGAUUAAAGUUCUCCAUUUCCAAGUAAUAAAUCAAGUAAUUGUCUAGAUGUACAAUUUUGUAACUAUAA